AUGGCCGACCAAAACCCGCCCGCGGAGCAGCAGGCCGCUCCUGCUGCUGCCGCGCCAGUCGCCCUCCCUACUGUUGCCGAGACUCUGGCUCCCAUCGGUGGCACUGAGACGCCCGGCGGCCCCGCCACCGGCACCGUGACCCCUGCCUUGUCAGAGCUGCCACUGGAGCAGGUCGAAUACAGCCUGCGCGUCUCCCUCGCCGAGCGGUCUGCUAAGGGCCAGGCCCUCUACGGCCACAAGAACUACGAGGAGGCCAGCGAGGUCUUUGCGCAGGCUGCCGAGAUGCAGGCCGAGAUGAACGGCGAGAUGGACCCGCGCAACGCCGAGAUCCUCUUCUACUAUGGUCGCUCCCUGUUCAAGGUCGGCCAGAGCAAGAGCGACGUCCUCGGAGGCAAGGCGCCUGAGGCUAAGAGCAACAAGGCUGCCCCUAAGAAGGCCAAGUCUGCCGCGCCGAAGCAGGAGGAGGUCAAGACCGAGGAGACGAAGCAGGAGCCCACCGAGGCGGAGAAGGUCACCGAGGCCGGCGUUGCUAUCGUCGCCGCGGAGGCAACCAAGGGCGCCAAGGAGGAGGGCGUCGAGGGCAAGAAGCCUCUCUUCCAGUUUACGGGCGAUGAGAACUUUGAUGAUUCGGAUGAGGACGAGGAGGCCGAAGGUGAAGGCGAGGAUGAUGACGAAGAGGACGACGACCUGGCCGUCGCGUUCGAGAUCCUCGACCUUGCUCGAGUGCUGUUCCUGAAGCGUCUUGAGCAGGCUGAGGCCCAGGCCGCAGAGACCAAGCCUGCAGACACCGAGAACCCAGAAGGCGAGGGGGGUGAGAAGCUCUCGAUACAUCAUAUCAAGGAACGUCUUGCCGACACGCACGAUCUGCUUGCCGAGAUUCAGCUGGAGAACGAAAGAUAUCCUAAUGCGAUCACCGACUCCCGCGCGUCCUUGAAAUACAAGAAGGAGCUGUAUCCCGAGGAUUCAGAGAUCAUUGCCGAGGCACACUUCAAGCUGUCACUAGCUCUUGAGUUUGCUGCGAUCACCACAUCCGAAGAGGACAAGCAAAAGGGCGAGCAGCAGGUUGAUCAAGCGCUGCGUGACGAAGCUGCCACCGAGCUGGAGGCUGCCAUUGCAAGCACCAGGCUCAAGCUUCAGAACAAGGAGGUCGAGUUGGCGACGCUGCAUUCCCCCGAGGAUAACGAAUUGACCCGCAAGCAAAUUGCGGAGGUCAAGGAGAUUAUCGCCGACAUGGAGCAACGACUCGCCGACCUGCGCAAACCGCCAGUCGAUGUCAACGCUGUUCUCGGCAACGAGGUUGGCAACGCCAUGGGCGGUAUUCUCGGAGCUACCCUCGGGGAGUCCGCGGCCGAGACAGAGGCUCGUGUCGAGGAGGCCAAGAAGACAGCCACCGAUUUGACAGGCCUGGUCCGCAAGAAGAACAAGGACGAUGCUCCCAAGCCCGCCCCUGCCACCCAGGAGCCGGCCAAGACCAACGGGUCCGAAACCAACGGCAAGCGGAAAGCCGAGGAUUCGGCCGAUGGCGGCGAUGACCAGGCGAAGAAGGCCAAGGUCGAUGUCGCGGCAUAG